GCAGUGUUACCUUUUGCCAAUAGCUAAAAGUGAAAACGGUCACUUCUUUUUUGCAACUCGUUUCCUGUAAACAGCUGAUUUAAUGUUGUCUAACAAACUAUUUUAACGUGUUUCGGUUAAUUCGGACUUUCGUUUCAUUUGACAGAACACGUUAUCUUGCAUGUCGCAGGUAGCAACGAUGACUUUUUAAAAGCGUUUUCUAUUUACUACAGAAAAUGUGACCAAAUGUAAAAACAAGCGAGGGCAGCAUGAUCAAGAGUUUGCCCAAAGAGGUUAGAGAGAAACUUCGUUCCGGUGUCGCCAUUCCGUCGCUGCAGCAGUGCGUGGAGGAGCUCAUCCUGAACAGCAUCGAUGCCGGUGCGACCUGUGUGGGCGUCCGGAUGGACAUGGAAGCAUUUAAAGUUCAGGUGAUCGACAACGGCUCUGGGAUAACUGCCGAGGACCUGGAGUGUAUUGGGAAUCGAUACUGCACAAGCAAGUGCAGCUCUGUUGAAGACCUGGACAACCUGAGAUGGUAUGGUUUCAGAGGAGAAGCCUUGGCAAGUUUAGUAUCUUUAGCCACACUUGUUGAAAUCUCAUCCAGGACCAGGCUGUCGGUAAAAACACACGUCAAACUAUUCAAGGAUGGCAAGGGCUUGGAUGUCUUUGAAGCUGAGACUGUUCGACCAUCCGCGGGGACAACUGUUGUCAUUUGUAACUUCUUUUACAACAUGCCAGUCCGGAGGAAGAGGGUUGAUGGUGUCCUGGAGGGUGAGCGGAUCAGACACAGGGUCGAAGCCAUUUCUUUAAUGCAUCCUUCUGUGUCCUUUACCCUGAAGAAUGACUGCACGGGCACCAUGAUGGUGCAGCUUCCCAAAGCCAGAAACACCUACCACAGGUUUGUUCAGAUACACAGCCUUGCACGGGCAGAGAAACUGGCAGAAGUCAGCUACACACACAAGCAGUUUGAAGUGGGUGGUUAUAUUGGCAAAGAAGGCCACUACAAUAACAGUUUACAGUACUUGUACGUGAAUGACAGGCUGCUGUUGAAAACCCACAUCCACAAGCUGCUUAACUUCCUCCUACGCAGAUUGAGCAGCUCAAACCAGAAGAAUGAAGCUCCUGAUGGAACUUCUGUCCUUCGGAGUCCAAAGCAUAAACGAAACCAUGAGCAAAACGGAGUAUACAUCAUUAAUAUCAAAUGUUCCUACUCGGAGUAUGACAUUUGUCUUGAGCCUGCCAAAACUCUGAUAGAGUUCAAAGACUGGGAUGGUGUUUUGCUUUGUGUCGAAGAAGCAGUCAAAGCUUUUCUGAAGCGGGAGAACUUGGUGUCUUCUCAGGAUGACUUGGACUGUGUGUCUUCAGAAGUCUGUGUUCCUGACAAAACGGAAAAUCAAAGUAUCAAAGCUGGCCAAGCGGCUCCUGGUACUUCCAGCACUGACUGUGGCAUAGAAAUGAAGCUGGCGUCGGUAUCUGUUCAUCGCAAAAGUGCAGACGACGGUGUUUGCCGUGAGUCUGGUCUGAUGGAGCGCAGAGCCGAUGAGGCGGAUCAACUUGAGCAGGAAGGAACAUCUGUUCACGAAUCUCAGAGGACUCUGCAGUGUGAUCUAAAGUCUGCAUCUCCAAAUGCACACGAUGAAGAGGAGCUAACUUUCAGUCAGUCUGGUGAAGGCUCUGGAACUGCACAAACGCCAGAUAGUCAAGAAUGUGCGCUCUUGCAGGAAAAAGAGACACAGUUGAUUGAUAAAACCGCAACCUGCGAGACAAAUUCAAGACGCAGCUUCGUACGUGCUGUUCAGUCUGAUUUAGACUGCAGUAAGGAAAAGAUGCAAUCUCCAGAUGGACAUGAACAAAGUUUUGUAAGUGACAGGAAGAUCGGUUUGUCUGAUCCAUACAUUCACAAAAGUCUGCAGAUCCGGGACCACUUCCAAACUAAUUACAACGAACGAACCUCAAAACGCAAAAACACUCUGGAAGCGGAUAACAACGGAGCUUCUCAGAAACUAUACGUUCCCUUUAAGAUUCCCAGAAUCCUCUCUUGCCAGAAACUGUCAACAUCUCGGGAGCUUGGAUCGCUCGACAAGUUCAGACGAACGUUUGUUAAACAUUCUGAACUGAAGUUACUUCAUCCUCGUUUACAGAAUUAUGGUGAACGUCCUCCCAUUAACAGUUUCGCUAACAAUCCAGAGACUAUAUCUGUUUGUGAGGACAAUCGAGCCACGGGAACAAGGGAGGAAGAGAGGACACCGAACAGCUCCCAAAGACCGCUGACCCUCUCAGACGUCAAAGAUCAGAGAAAAGGUCAAAUGUCAUUAACGGCUAAACUUUGCAAUUUGAAGCAACAAAAGACAGAAAAUGUCUCCCGGCACGUUUAUAAUGAUGAACUUGAGCAGAGACAUGAUAAUCAGUGUUCCCAGGACCCUGAAGAUCAAGUUGACCCAGGGUUGGACAGUUGUAAUAAUCCUCAAAUGAACCAAAAGGAGGAAGAUCACUGGCUUCAUCACUACGACGCAUCUAUUGGAAAGAUUGUUUAUGUCAACAGGAUGACCGGCCUCAGCAGAUAUGAAGACCCGGCUGUGCAGGAAACUCAAGUACGCUGCACAUCUGACGUCACCAACAUGGCGGUCAGCGUCAUCUCUGAGAUGGGGGUGGAGUACAGGUGUUACCCAUUUCAGGUGGAUUCAGUUUUGCCUUUCCUGCCUAAAUCCAGGCCAGAAAGAGUGAUUAGCGCAGGGACUGACAGUAGAGAUGAUGCUGGUGACCACUCCAACUCCCUUUCUUCUUUGUACUCCAAAUGGAAGAACCCCGUGUUUGUUCUGCCUCCUGCAGUGGGCGUGGACAUUUCCAGCAGACAAGCUGAAGGGCUGGCUGUGAAGAUCCACAACAUCCUUUUUCCGUAUCGUUUUUCUAAAGCCAUGAUUCACUCGAUGAAGGUGAUCCAUCAAGUGGAUGCAAAGUUUCUUGCGUGCCUCAUCAACACCAGAGAUGGAGAUUCCGCUGCAGGCUGUGAGACUGAAGGAAACCUUUUGGUACUGGUGGACCAGCAUGCAGCUCACGAGAGGGUUCGACUUGAACAUUUAGUUGCUGAUUCAUAUGAGGAGGACCCUGAUGUUCACGGGGAGAGACGUCUGUGCUCAUCCACUAUUUUGCCGCCUCUGAAGAUCAGCAUAACCGAGGAGGAGCUGCGACUCCUCAGGUCUUGUCAGCAGCGUCAUCUGAGGAGUUUGGGUCUGGAAGUUUCUUUCUCUGAGACGGCAGCUCCUCACGUGUUUGUGGGGAUGGUUCCACUUUGCUUUAUGGAAAAAGAGAGUAACGAGCUUCGGCGGGGGCGAUCGUCGGUCAUCAAGCCUAUUGUUGAGGAAUAUCUUCGAGAACAGAUUGAGCUUCUUCGCUCUGCAGGCAGAGUAAAAGGAACGUUGCCUCUCACCGUUCUCAAAGUGCUUGCUUCACUAGCGUGCCACGGGGCCAUCAAAUUCAACGACACUCUGAGCAGAGAUGAAUGUUGCAGCUUGGUAACGUCCUUAUCUUCAUGCCAGCUGCCGUUCCAGUGCGCCCACGGCCGUCCCUCCAUCGUUCCGUUGGUGGAUAUCCUCCAUUUGGACAACGACCAGAAGGAUGUCCACAAACCCAACCUGAAAAAGCUGAGAAGAAUGUAUAAAGCGUGGAAGUUGUAUGGAAAUAAUUAAAACGAAUGUGUGCUUUUAACGUUCCACGUGGUUCUCUGUGAAAAUAACAAAUCCUAACUCGUACAUCAGCCAGAUUAUUCUAAAGUUUUAAAAAGGAAGCAUUUUUUUAAAACAACCAACCUGUAUCACUCAUUAAAAAUGCAAUUUUGCUAAAACAAACAGAAAAAAGUGGAUUUCAUUGUGAUCCAUCAUCUGAAAUAAGUCUCAUAGUGAUGAAGUGCUGAGAAGCAGCUGUGUGUUGGCGGGGUCUGUUUGCAAAAGAGGAAGAAUUUUACGGUGGCAUUUUGGCAACCUUAGCUGCUGUUUUUUACAGUGUAGGUCAAUUAUAAUUUUAAAAAAAUCAUAUUUUUAUCGGUUAAAAGGUGAGUUAUUUCUAAUAAAAGAGAAAUUUGGUUUAGAAGAGAGUCAAGCCCACGUUCGGCCAUUUGUUAUUAGAAACUUGUUCUAACUCUGCUAAAGGAAAUAAAUAUUUCUCAUUUCCCCCUGACGCAAUUAAACACAUCACAAAUAUAAACACAAGAAGCCCUGGUUUAACACAUCCUCAGCUUUCACUUUGUUUCAGAUUCCUUUUCUCAUCCACGUUUCUGCUGCUUCCGGGCAGCUGUUCUGGGAGGAGAGGAUGCUGAUGAUGAUCGGCUCUCCCUCCUCCUCUCUUCUUGUCUCCUUCCUCCACACUUCCGGGUCAUGCCACGUGACUUCACCACCCCCACAAGUCUGGGGUUCGUGAUGGAGAAAUGGGGCAGAAAAGUGGGAGGGACGCCACAGUGCGAUUGCUUGAGUGGGCGUGUCCUUACAGACGAUUCAAUCUCUUAUGUCUCUUUUUAUUAUUACCUAUUUUAAUUAUUACAGAUUUGUUUUUAUCAUCAUCAUUAAAAACGACUGAAAGCUG